AUGUUCCAAGUAUUACUAAGACAAGCUAGAUCAACUAAACCAACUCAAUUGAAUCAACAACUUCGAUUUUUAACCAAAUAUUCGAAAAAUCCACAAAUCAUCAUUCAUGAAAAUCCACCAAAUCAUUUUAAUUUCUCAUUAUCUUCAAAACCAAAUGCACUUACAAUAGGUUCAUCAACAUCAAAUGAUCCAAAACCAGAAAAUUUUCAAAUAAAUAAUAAUUUUAAAGAGCUACUUGAAAAAACAUUAUCAACAAAAAUAUAUAAUGAUUUUACAUUUAUAAUGGAAGCAAGUACAAAUGGAGAUUCAUUUAUGCCAAUAUAUGAUUUUAGAGAAAUUCCAGAAUAUUCAAGACGUCCUUAUAUUGAAAAUGUAUUUGGUUAUGUUCAAGUUGAUAAAUCUGGAAAAAUUAAACCAGAAACAUGGCAAAAAAAUGAUAUGUAUCAAAUUUGUAGUGGGAAAUCUGGUUUACCUAAAUUUACUGAAUAUUUGUAUGAAACUUUACAAGAAGAGUGUGAGAAAUGA